AUGCAUCAUGCAAAACAAAUAUGGACGAGUCAAAGGUAAAAUGAAGCUAUUACUUAAUGGUGUUCAUUACUUUAUCAAGGUUUUGGGUUUCCAGUGCAUGACUGAUAUUUCCAAUUGAAGUUCUCUAGAGUUAUGUAAGCCAAAAACGGCAAAAAGUAAGUUAGAGAAUAUUUCGUUUAUCCCACAGCAACAAGGCGCAAAGUGGUGUUUACAAAAUCAGUGUUGGGAACAAUCAAGUUAUCGACGUGUACUGUCAAAUGACGUCAGUCUCAGGAUGCAAAGGCGGUGGUUGGACACUGGUGAUGAAGAUUGACGGAAGCUCGGUAAGCUAAAACGAGGCUCUAUAGCCAAGAUGACGUCUUUCCAGUUGUAAAGGAUGAGGUUUGUAACUUUGGAAUUGGGGUCAUCUUUAGGAAUAAGGUCAGGCUGAGGAAUCAGAUUAAGGAUUAGGCUGAGGUGAAGGUCAAAGUCAAUCUGACUAAAUCUUAGUAUUUGUUUUUAUAGAGUAUUUUCAAAUACAGUUCCUCUUACUGGACGAGCAGAAGCACUUACGGUGACAAUGCCUAUGGGCGAAACGGCGGUUUAGACAACCGACAAUAUAAAGGAUCAACUUACUGGAGAACCUCAUUUAAAGAAAUUUGUGUUGGUAUGAAAUAUGGUGGUCGUUUAAGAGCAUUCUCCUUCUCGUACCCGGCAACAUCGUUGUAUGACCUGAUCGCAGACGGAAAAUAUCGACAAACUCACGUUGGUCGCGCGCAGUGGAAAUCAUUGAUCAGUGGGUCAUCCUUACAGCGUAACUGCAAUAAAGAGGGAUUUAACAUAUACGUUGGUAGCCAUCACACAAGAGUUCGGUUGGGUCUUGUGGCAAACGAGCAAAAUGAUUGUAAAUCACCCGACUCUUUCAUAGGCCUAGGAGCUGGUGGUGGUCUGAAUUAUCUCUGGCAAUGGUGCAGGUCUAAUUCGCAUACAUCUGCCAACGCCGCGGGUAAUCUUGCCCAGUGUGGUGCAGACAACGGAAACAAGAAUGCCAGAGCCAUGGCAUACAUAUUGGUUCGUUAAAAAAACUGAGUGGUCCGAUUUACACUAGAGAUGGAUCAAAACGCAUCAUCUGUCAGACGAAUCAUUCGGUCAUAUGUUGCACGAUGCAAUAUUUUCUGCAACUUGCAAUGCAGUUUCUGUCACAGAAGAGCCUUGCCAGCUAUAAAAGAUUGAAAAUUUCUGAGCAUGGUCCACGGUUUACUCUGCCGACAUUUUUCAUCCCGUUUCUUUCAUUGUCAUCCUUAAGAAUAUGUUAUGUGUAAUUCAUGAGGAAAAAACAAAAAAAAUCAUGAGCAUGUCACUUAUCUUUAUAUGUGAUAAAGAUUUCCCUUGAUUUACAUAAACUUUAACUUUGAUUUUCUCGACUUACACAACGUAUUUUUUUGAAAAUUACUUCGCCAAUGAACUUAUAAGAUCGAUCGUUUUUGAAGCAAUUUAAAACAUUCGCAGUGCGUGUUCUAUCAGACCUAAAGAUACUCGGCUUCGUUUCGGCAGAGUAGUAUGCGGGCCAUGUUCAUUAUUUCUCUGUAACUACGUUUUAGAUAACAUGACUCACUCAUUUGGCUCUGUAUAUCUGAAGUUGCAGCAAACGUUGCCCCGCGUGACAUGACCUUAAAGUUUAGUGUAAACACGAUAGAUAAACCAUCCAGACGAAAUAAAAUAUUGCAGGGAAACUGUGAGCAUGGCUCAUCGUUUAAUCUGUCAACAUUUUUCAUUAUAUUUCUUUCAAUUUUCAUCCCUUAGUGGUUUUGGGAACAAAUCACGCCUGAUAUUUUCCUGAUAGCUGGUCUAAUGUCGUCGAAAUAUCUUAAUUUUUCCGCUCGCAAAAAUUCGUCCAAAUUUGGCCGUCUCUAGCG